AGAAAAAUGAGGAUGCUCAGCAGCAUAGGGCAAGCUUUUCCUUCCAACCUCCCUUUUUGUGCCUGCCAAAUCCUUCUCGCCUCCAAAAUGAAAAUCCAGGCUGCCUGCGUAUGUGUAAUCAAAGGUUAAAAAGCACCCCGGCUGACACCACGCAUGUGUUAAUCUGUGCUGCAGCAGAGUGCAUCAUUUCCACUUUGACCUCAGAGUUAAUCUGCAUUCAGGCAGAAGCUCCACUGCUUUAUUCUUUCUUUUCUAUUUUUUUUCCUCUCAUUUACUGUUUCCAUUGCUUUAUCAGAUUUUAUUGCAUGUGUAUGAGUGGGUCUAUAAAUGUGUGCAUGUCUAUGUAUUUCUUCUUUCCUUGACUGUUUUUAUCCUGUGUCUGUGUUGGUUUGGUUUUUUUUUUUUUUCUUUUCUCCCAAUUAUGUUAUUCCCCUAGAUUUGGAAGCUGCUGCCUGCUGCCUGAGCUGACGUUUUCUGAUUAUAUCUGCAAAGGGCUUGUGCAGAUCUAAUUUCUGUCCCCCUGCAUAUUAAUUCCCGCAGCUGGGCGCAAUGUAUCAUCCCACUGACGGGACCUGGUAGGGAGGGGGGGAGAACCACUACCAAAAAAAAUUAAAGAAGGGGACGGAUCCAUCUGCAACCAAGAGGAAAGGGGAAAAAACCUGGGGGGUGGGGGGGGAAGAAAAAGAGAUGAUUCCUCCAAAUCCAACAAGCCUGGGGAGCACUGCAUUCUUGAAUCCUGCAUUUUCUCUCAAAAUGAUGGUGUGGGCACUUCUGUUCCUCUCUCUCAUCCAGUGCUCCACCCAAAAGAGUGAUGAUGAUUAUGAAGAUUACACCUCAAAUAAGACUUGGGUUUUGACUCCCAAAGUCCAUGAGAGUGAUGUCACUCUUAUUUUAAAUGGCUUGCUGGAAGGAUAUGACAACAAGUUGAGACCUGACAUAGGAGUUAAACCAACAGUAAUUCACACGGACAUGUACGUAAAUAGCAUUGGGCCUGUGAAUGCUAUCAAUAUGGAAUAUACUAUUGAUAUAUUUUUCGCCCAAACGUGGUAUGACAGACGUCUGAAGUUCAACAGCACUAUAAAAGUACUCAGAUUAAACAGCAACAUGGUUGGGAAGAUCUGGAUACCAGAUACAUUUUUCCGAAAUUCCAAGAAAGCUGAUGCUCAUUGGAUAACAACUCCUAAUAGGAUGCUCAGGAUCUGGAAUGACGGCAGAGUGUUGUACACAUUGAGGUUGACAAUUGAUGCUGAGUGUCAGCUACAGUUACACAACUUCCCAAUGGAUGCCCAUUCCUGUCCCCUGGAAUUUUCAAGCUAUGGCUACCCAAGAGAAGAGAUCAUUUACCAAUGGAAGCGCAGCUCGGUGGAGGUGGGAGACACCAGGUCCUGGAGGCUUUACCAGUUCUCCUUUACAGGAUUAAGAAAUACAACUGAGGUGGUGAAGACUACUUCAGGAGACUAUGUAGUCAUGUCUGUUUACUUUAACCUGAGCAGGAGAAUGGGUUAUUUCACUAUUCAGACCUACAUUCCCUGCACACUUAUUGUUGUGUUGUCCUGGGUCUCUUUCUGGAUUAAUAAGGACGCAGUUCCAGCCAGAACAUCACUGGGUAUUACAACUGUCCUGACAAUGACCACCCUAAGUACAAUUGCUCGUAAAUCUCUUCCCAAAGUCUCCUAUGUGACAGCAAUGGAUCUUUUUGUGUCAGUCUGCUUUAUUUUUGUUUUCUCUGCACUGGUAGAAUAUGGAACUUUGCACUACUUUGUCAGCAACAGAAAGCCAAGCAAGGAUAAAGACAAAAAGAAGAAAAAUCCACUUCUUCGGAUGUUUUCCUUCAAGGCACCUACAAUUGACAUCCGGCCUCGAUCAGCUACUAUUCAAAUGAACAAUGCUACACACCUCCAAGAAAGGGAUGAAGAAUACGGGUAUGAGUGUCUUGAUGGCAAGGACUGUGCCAGUUUUUUUUGCUGCUUUGAGGAUUGUCGAACGGGAGCAUGGAGGCAUGGAAGAAUACACAUCCGCAUUGCCAAAAUGGACUCCUACGCCCGCAUCUUCUUCCCAACUGCCUUCUGUUUGUUUAACCUGGUGUAUUGGGUAUCGUAUCUUUACCUUUAAAAACAGAAGGAAAUCAGUGAUAUGAGCCUUACUCACUGAAUUUCUUAGAGAGAUGGUUUCCUAACUCCACUUGAAGUAUUUAUGAUGCGCUUUAUAGUGGUCUGAAUUCUUUAGUGCCAUAAUCCGGUAAAUAUCAAUCAUAUCAUUUGUCCAAAAAUUGCCAUGAGGUUAUUGUGAAUUAAAUGUCCAUUCAACAAACCAAAACAAUUUGAAAUAAAAAUAAUAUAAACAGGUAAUAUACAGCUAUACCUGCUGGAAUAGAGAGAAACAGAGCAGACAGGGCAAGGGGAGAAUGGCGACAUCACUUAACAGUUGGUAAUGCUGCUUCAGACAGGAGUGACAGAGAGGAGAAUGCCCAGGUAAAGUGCUGUACAGCUUGUUAACAUUGGCUAUAAUUAUGCUAUAGCUUUAUUCUCUGUGGGCUUUUCUUUUUGGAAGAGUCAUCUCUCA